GACAGCUACUGAUACGUCAAUGUCACUGUCAAGUGUAUUAUCGCAAUGGUGGACAAACAAAUGGUGAUCAGUAUUGAUUUUUGUUUGACAAGUUCAAGGUUAUGAAAUUGAAUUGUCAUCGUAACGUAAUUAAAGAUAUCAAUUAAAUUCGCAAUGUUAAUGACAGGUCUUAUGAUAAAUAUCAAUGGGAGUUAAUAUUAAAAUGGUGGAUUAAGGGAACAUAUGAUUAUUUUUUUAAGUUUUAAGGUUGUGUCAUAUGUCAUAAAUUCUGUUUUUUCAGCUAUAUCGUAUCCACUUGCUAGGAUGUACGAAUUGAAGUCUUCGCACAUUGAGUUGAUGUUGCCAGGACAACCGAAGCAGCAGAUGUUCUUCUGCAUUACCAUGAAGAAGAAUCAACUGUUGAUUUAUCAAAUUUGCAUGUGUGCCCUUGUGUUUUCGACGUUACUGAUCCUUUUCGUGUGGUUAUACUAUAACGUGGCGAAGAUAGUUUGGCGUCACAGGAAGCCGGUGUCUCAGUACAGUUCCUCCACUUUAGAGAUGUCCAGUUCCUCGACUUCCGAAUUGACCACAGUGACCAUGAAACGAAAGAACGUUAACGUCGAGAGGAAGAUCCGAACGUUCAAGAUCAUCAUCACUUUAGUGAUAGUCUUCAUCCUCUGCAGAGCUCCCUAUUGGAUCGUAAGCAUCUGCAAGCUGAUGGACUUCUUCCUCGAGAGGGACAAUUGGGUGAUGCUGUACUCGUUCAACGGUUUAGCUCUGUUAAACUGCGCCCUCAAUCCGUUCCUGUACACUUUCCUGCAGUUCACUUUGCAGAGCAUCUCCAGAGUGCAGAAUGCCAUCACGGAUUUCGUGAGCAGGAUAUGCUGCUGCUGCAUCUCGAACACCGAGUUCGAGGAGUUCGAGACGGGCAACGCGUUCGUCAUCUGGAAGAGGAUAAAGAAGUACUCAGAGACGAGAUCCUCGAAUCUGAACAGGAAGGACACUUAUUAGGGCUCGUAUGUUUUAUUCAAGU